UGUAGGAAAUCAUGACCACUCACAUUAAAAUGAAGACUCCAGUCAUAUCAGUAACCUUAUAAAAGCUGUUUUAUUCUACAUGGAAAAGGUUCACACAUGGGGGCUGCCGUGUUAGAAUCAGAUGACCAGCCGAAAACUGCUCCCUUAAUCUCAGUAACUGUCCUGUUAUUUGACACCUUAACUCAUUGAUUAAAUAAUCAUGGCUGACUGUGAAUGCUAAAUUUAUACAAUGGCAUCUAAAAUUGAAAACUUUUGAUUUUAAAUGAUGCUGCAUCCAAGCCGCUAGGUGUCAGUGUAAGUCCAAGAUGACACAAAGACAAAAGUUACUGAGUGCAACUUUAACAACAAGAAAAGUGGAGGUGAAUGGGGCCAGUCCAUAAACAUUAAAAUACACUCUUUCAGGGGGACCUGGGUAGCUCAGCAAGUAAAGAUGCUGACUACCACCCCUGGAGUCUUAAGUUCGAAUCCAGGGCGUGCUGAGUGACUCCAGCCAGGUCUCCUUAGCAACCAAAUUGGCCCGGUUUCUAGGGAGGGUAGAGUCAUAUGGGGUAACCUCCUCGUGGUCGCUAUAAUGUGGUUUGCUCUCGGUGGAGUGCGUGGUGAGUUGUGCGUGGAUGACGUGGAUGCCUCCACAUGCGCUAUGUCUCCGUGGUAACGCGCUCAACAAGCCACGUGAUAAGAUGCACGGAUUGACGGUCUCAGACACGGAGGCAACUGAGAUUCGUCCUCCGCCACCCGGAUUGUGGCAAGUCACUACGCCACCACGAGGACUUAGAGUGCAUUGGGAAUUGGGCAUGCCAAAUUGGAGAGAAAAAAAAGAAAGAAAAAAAAAACACUCUUUCAAAAGUAUGCAUAACCACAAGAUGUAAACAUUAUGUGUGUUAACAUGAUUUUAGUGUGAUAAAAUCAGGGAUUUUUGCUUUAACAUUCCUUUUAAAUAUAUUACACUGUAAAAAAAAAUAAAAACAAUUUUGAAUAUGACUGAAUUAGACUGAUGAAUACAUCAGUUUUCACCAACAAAAGUAAUUUAUAAGAAUCUUCAGUUUGAAAUUGCUCCUUAAAGAGAUAGUUCUCAUCACCAUUCACUUUCAUUGUAUGCAAAAAAAAAAGAAAAAGAUGCAAUGGAAGUGAAUUGUGACUGAGGCUAACAUUCUGCAUCACAUCAGCUUUUUUGUUCCAAGGAAGAAAGUCUUAUGGGUUUGAAACAACAUGAGGGUGAGUAAAUGAUGAAAGAAUUUCCAUUUUUGGGCGAACUAUCCCUUUAAAUAACAACUACACUAUCCACUUUUUAUAGUGUUUAAAGAGAAAAGCUUUCAGUCAUUAUAGUAGGUAUUUAAAGGAAGAGAUAGAGAGAGGGUAAGAGAUGGGCAUGAGUGUAGGUGGCAUAUAGUGUGGUUAUCAACAUCAUUAAUCACACUCCUGUUUGGAGCCCUCUCAACCAUUCAUGAUGUCACAGGAGAAAGGCAGCCAAUCAGAUGCCUGUGACCAACCCCUGUCCUCUCAUUAUCUCCUCCUUGGCCAGCUUUGUAUACUCCAGUCAGCUCUGCUAGCAAAACAGACAAUGUACUGCUGAUACAAGCAGAGCAGAUACACCAAUGCAACAGAGCAAGGAACACAUCAAAUCCUGAGAGAGGAGGCAAAUAUUUACUCCUGACAGAGCCAGUAGAAGAAGGAAAAGCAAACCAACAAGAAAUCACCAGUGGCUUCCCUGGCUUGCAGCUCUGAGAUGGGCUGCUCAUCUGGCCGCUUGCCCUGCCAGCCUCCAACCCUGGCACAACUGCCCAUGCUGGACCCUGACUGCAGCCAACCCCAGGAUGGCACAGGACCGAUGCCUGUACCCAAAGCCCCGGAGGACCUCUCCACUCUGGAGCGGCUGGCCCAGGCCACGGGUGGCACUGAGAAGUCCUGGUACCGCUGCGUGUUUCCCUUCGGGGUCAUCUCUCUGGUGAUUGGCAUGGCAGGCACCGGUGUCACGUUCACAUUCAACACGCUGCCCCAGACUAAAGUGGUGUCCCUGGUACUGCUGGUUAUGGGAUUUGUCAUGUUGUUUAUAGCAGCUGCCUGCUGGAAGGUGCACAGGUCUAGGAGGAGAGAGAAGAAGGAAGGAGGCAUCUUCAGCUCGGAGCAGUGCACUCUGUAAAAAAGCACAUUAAUUCAUCCCAAACAUAUGAAGCACUUAACAAAGUAUGAAGACUUUUUAUGAUGCUCUGGAAAAAGACUGUUUUUCUGAAUACAUGUAGCUUGUCUCAGUUAAAGGGUAAGUUCUAAACUGUCGAACUGUAACAUUAUCUGCCCUUUCACAUUUGCUGAAAGAGAGUUUACUUCCCUGCAUUCUAUAUGUUCAUUCUGUUCAGUAAAAUGUUAUAAAGAAACAUGGUGUAACUUGCUGGCUUACUCCCCCCCACCCAUCUCUGGAGGGGAGAUGCUGCCCUUCCACCCGUUCCGCCACCCGAUGGUCCUUCCCGUCUCCUGAGAAUCUGAGAGAGAUGACGGGAGGGAGGGGGAGAGAGAAAGAGCAAGCAGGAGAGACAGAGAAAGGACAGACAUAGACAAGAAAAUGCCCUUCUUCGGCUCCCGCGGGCAUGCCGCCCACCUGGUCCUCAGCUGCUCCUCCGUCCCCUGGCGGACGGCAGCAGUUCCAAAACAUAAUGACACAUCGACGAACACACACACAGAGCGGUUGCGUGUGUCUCUCUCUCUCUCCUUGGCAUCCCCAGCUCCUCUUUGUCCAUAUCCCGGCUGAUUAGGCUGAUUCAGCUCCGGGCGUCCACCGUUACGGCCCGGCCAUGACUUCCUCCUCGUCAAACAUGGGACAAAGACCAAGGAGGUCCUUGUAUUGGUUUGUGCCUUGACUGUAAGCUUUUGUGCGUAUAAUAAUCCUAACUUGGAGAACUAUGGUCAGAUGAUCGGAGAAACAGGAGACUUUAAGUCUCCUGUGACCACUUGUGUUCAGAUUUGGAGGGGAGGGUCUCUGUUUCAUGACGACAUACAUCAAUCACUACGUCAGUGUGUUACUUCAUGAUAUUAAAGUGCAACAAUGUUAGAAAAGACAAAAAAGAGUGGGAAAAAAACCAGCGCGCUCUCCUAGAUGCGGUUGAAAUUGAAUCUAAGCACAAACGCAACAUGUCAAGCAGAUUUAUCUGUUAUUUUAGUGGAUUACCUGUAUUAAAGGAGCUUCAGGUGUUUGUGCUUCUUAUCUGACUUGAUAUCAGACACACUAAAGAAGAUCUGUGAACCUCUCGUUAUUGUGUAUGUAUCCGCUUUUUAAUAUGUUCCAAUCGGUUGGUUAUUUGAUUUUAAAGCCGCUUGUAAAUGGCCAAGUUUAAACUCUUGCUUUAGUGCAGCAGUUGAUUGACAGGUGAGGGGUGACACUUCACUGCUGCCGGGAUGCAAACAGGACAGAUUACUGUUUACACCUCAAAUGUGAUGUGGUCACAUGUGUUUUUGACCACAUUCGUAUGUGGUUUCAGUGAUCCAAUCACAAAACAUUUUAUACCCCAUUUAGACCUGUAUUUAGGGCUGACCACAUGUGAUCUGAUCACCCGAAACGCAUCUUAAUACCAGGUGGAAACAGGGCCAAAAUCACCAUUCACAUUCAUUGCAUAUUAUUUCCAUAAAAUAAAAGUAAAUGGUGACUGAGGCUGUCAUUCUGCCUUACAUCUUUUAUGUUUACGUACCAAAGAAAGGCAUACAUGUUUGGAAAAACAUGAGUAAAUAAUGGCAUAAAUUUCAUUUUGGGGUGAACUAUCCCUUUUAGGCAUUUAUGAGAAGAGAAAAUACAUUUUCGGAGUUGGGGAACACUGAUCAGAGGUCAUAAGGAUGCACAGCAAAACAAAGGAAAUCUCUGAGCAACUGACUGCAGAUAGAUCCUCCCCAAACUCACACCAUCGGUUGAGCAAAUGUUGGUGUGCCUGGGUGUUCGGGAUGCUCAAACAAAACACAGAAUAUGCCACGGUUUAAUGCAGUCUUUGCAAACAAGCUUUUGGUGAAGGAUGGAGCAGUGCCAACGCUUGAAUCCAACAGCCAACCUGAAACAUACUCAUGGCUGUGGGAGCAGACCCUAAUAAACCUACACAGGUGUGAAUGAAUCAGCGAGCUGUGUCAUAGUUAGCACUUUAUUAAAUCUGGGAAUUUCACCAAAUUGUAAUUUUAUGGUAUGUAUGUGAAUCUUAAUGGAAUAAUGUAAGCCUAUUCUCUUUGAAUAAACUACACUCUUCCUCUUGGGUACUCACUUUGCACACAUUAUUGCCUGUUUUCUGCGUCUAUUAUAAUCCUUUUAAAGUUAACUGUAUUUCAUAAUCUUUUUCCUUCUCCUUUUAUCUUCUCAUCUUUCACUCAACAGGAAACUGUUGUUAUGAUUACAGAUGAUUCUGUCUUGAUAAAUUAAAUUACACACUUGUAGAAUAUUUAAAUUUUGAGGUAAUUAAGUUUAAAGUGAAUGGCUAGGUUUGAAGAAAGAAAGACUCUUUUUCAUCCAGCCGAAUUUAACUGCUUGUUUGGUCUGAUGCAACUGCUGUAGAAUACAGAAAAAAGGACAUAGUAAAUAUCCAUAGUAAAAGAACGAAGUUAAAAUUCUCAUGGCUUCUGUAAUGUAGGUUGAUUUUUGUUAAUGUGUCUUUGGUUUCAGUCCUGUCUCAGCUCCACUGAGGGAACAGAAUUUGGAUCUGUGUCAACAUGAUUUACAACAAGCACAUGUCAGAUAUUUCUGUCAUACCACCUGAUCACACCAGCCUUUCGAUACAGAAGACAUUUUUCUGUCUCUCUGUCUUACGUCAUACCCCGCCUCCUUGUUUGCCCAUUUUUAGUUUACAGUGGUGGCCCAUGCAUUUUAAAUCUUGGCCUUCAGUGUGAUUCAUGCCAUUAAGAAAAAACUGUUUCACAAUGAAUAAGACACCCUAUGCCUAUGGACAUCAUACAUUACAUCGCAGCCAAAUAAUAAUACCAAUUGACAUUUUUUUAAAACAUCCACGCACUAAAGCCAAAACCAAGAAGGUCUAAUUCCAGGAAAAAGCUCUAAAAAUAUUUGCGAUCUAAAUGUUGCUUGCAAUAAAUUUUGUUUCGUCAGGGUACACGGUUACUUUUCAAAACUUGAUCCGACACUGAAUGCUCCAGCAGCCUAAUUUACACUUAGAAAACUCCUGAUGUUGCUAUAACAAAGCACUUACCAAUUUACUUGAAGAGAAAAUCAGCCCUCCUUUCCUGUUUACAUCUCAGGUUUUUAAAUCCACAAGGAUCUCUUUCUCAAUGAUGAUAGCAGCAGUGAUGACAGCCGACUUGUCAGCAAGAUCUCGCGCUCUUCGCUUUCAAAUUACUUGCAUCAUUUAAAGCGUGAUUGUGUCAUUGAAUGCCAGCUAGAAGGCCUGGGGCAUGUUCAAUCUCAAAACUGUGUGCACCGUUUUACUACGGUUUCUGGGUUGAAAGACAUGUUUCCUUGAAACGGUGUGAAACGGUGUGCAAAGAGCUUUGAGGUACGUUUUCUCUCGUUUGGUGGGUGUGUCAAAGGUGUUACCCAAUCAGCAGUGUAGGAUAUGAGAGGCAGAAUAAUUGCAGCAAUAUGAUUUGAAUCUAGGGAAAUCAGCCUUUUAAUCCUGAAAUUCCUCGAUGUCAUAAAUUAAAGGACUAGGCACCAACAAACCUAGUGAAGCCUGCCUUUGGACAAUAAAAUGGUCAAAGAGACUGAAACGGCAUGAUUUAAAGAAAAAAGGUAAUUGGUCAGAGAGGCCCCUCAGCAUGACCUUCUGAACUUCCACACAGAGCUAAAACAGGAUUCACUUUGAAAGGUUUCCUUGCAAAGACCCUCAGAUUUGCAUGAUUCUAAUACUAAGACAUUUCAUCUUAAUCCAGGAACAUUUCACACAAAGUCACAGUACGUUACUGAAGUUAACCCUCUGGAAUGCACAGAGUGCAUUUGGACCGAGAUAUACACCUGGCUAGAUAAUUACUUUAACCUGUGAUUACUUUUAUAAUUGACAAAUUAAUGAUUAUAGCCUGAUGUACCUUUUUAAAAUAUAUGUAGUGAUUUGUAAUCACUUCAAACUAACAAAUCGGUGAUUAUAAUCAUCAAUCUUGUAUGAUUCAUCUCAUUCUACUAAGAAUGGUAACUAUUCAAGGUAUAAUAUUUAUGAAAGUGUGUUAUGUUUGGUAUGUAAAUGUUUGCUUGUUAACAUAGAGAAUUUUGAUGUCAACAAAUGUCAUGUUUCUUGUAACGUUUUCAAGAUAUAAAAGUUCAUGAUUAAACAUUCACUAUUUUGAGCGGAAAUUCUCCACACAAAGGACUGUAAAUCACUUUUGAAAAGGACAGACCAGUUGACCAUGUGACUUUGAACAGCCACUUCUGAUUGGCUCAGAACACCUUUUGGGGUGCAGCCAAUUUCAGUUCAAAAGUCCUAAACAGGAAGAACACGCUCUCUCUUACACUUGCCGCUCCUGCCCUUCUUCUUCCUCCUUCUUCGGCCCUUGUGCUUCUUCCAGAUCCUCCGUGCCAUGUAGAGUCCAAGGAAAACUCAGGACACAUACGUCCCGAGGAAGCCUCUCACUCUCUGCUCUACGGGUCACACACCCAACAUGAGUUGCGAGUCUUCCUUGCAUAAGGCCUCGUUUCAAAGCCCACUUCAUCAUCCAACGAGACAACAACUAUCAGCAUUCAUAACAGAGGUCCAAAGCAUCGACGGAACGAACUUUCUACAAAGAGCCAAAGAACCAAGCAACGCAAGGAAACGCAAAGACAUGCAAGUACAUCUCCAGACUUUUGCUCAAAGUGCUGGUGUAUUAGUUAAAUACUUUGGGUAAUCUGACUGCAAAUCGAUGUAGACUCAAAGAAGGGUAAAUGGUUCUUAAGGCAUUGUCAACAGACUCCAUAAAGUUCAUUUUCUCUGUAUUGAUCAUUUAUUUCACAUUCUGUCACUACUCACCAACCUGUUUCAUGUUAUAUGUGUUAGAUUAGUUUUAUAUUUAGAAUAGCAAUAAAGUUUGUCUGUGUUCAAAGAUAAUUUGACUGUGGAAUAUUUUGAUAAAUAAUCUCAUCCCUGUUUUUAAAAGAUUUCGCUUCAAAGCCAUACCUAAAUAUGUGUAAUAUUAUUUUCAAUAAGCCAUGAGAAUAAUAUUACUCCAAUAAGAUAAUUAAUCAUAAUUCCCUUAUUAAAGCUAAUUCCUUACAAUAGAAAUUGUGAGCAGAUACAACAAAACGUUGUAUUACGAUUUUAAUGGUGGAGAAUUUUAUUCAGACAAAUAAUCUAUUUAUUUGUCAUUUAUCUAAUUUAUAAUGGUUGUCGAACGUGACUAAUUCCAUUAUACAUUUCCUUACAUAAUAAUGUAGAAUACGAACAGUUUAAAUUAAUUCCUAGCUCACACAUACGGUUUCCCUACAUAUAAUGGUGGGGGUACACGGGCAUUUUAACCCAUCCCGUGUACAUUUAUACAGUCAUUAUUUUCUUUGAAAAUUACUACAUAUAUUGGUGAAGGUACAUGGGCAUUUUAACCUAUCCCGUGUACACUUACACAUACCAAUAUUCCCUACAUAAUAAUGGUGGAGAAUGCAGGGAAAAAUCUAAAUUAGUUAUUUGUCGUUUUAUAUACACAGUCAUUCUUUCCUUUGAAUCCAGAAACAGAACAGAGAAACUACAGAAGUUCCGCGUUUGUGACGUAUAUAUUAUGUGUUGGUUUGUUGUCAUGACAAUGAGAGAGCUAGAGCUCAUAUUUACCUCCCUGUUAUAAGUUAAAGGCUGAACGCCGACUUCAGCGCUCAUGAAAAGAGCACAGAAAUUGAACUCUCUGAUUAAACAAACCCAGACACUUUCUGGAAUAAAGUUCCAGUUAAACUAAAGACUCCACGAAAGGAGUUUGAAAUUUCCCCUGCCAGGAGGAAGAAAUCUCCUUGUGAUGUUCCUCUAUCUCUUUCUAAAUGGCCUUAUUUAAUAGCUUGAUUGAUGACAUUGCGAUGUUCCAGUGCAUUCAACUAGUCUAUCUUCACUGUCUGUGGUUUAAUCAUUGAAGUAGAUGUUCGAUUGGGAUGUUCUCUGCUAUUCUGGAUGGCAAGGGCAGUGACUGUAACAUCGAGCAUAUUUUGUAGUAUUAAACACGUAUUUAAAUUGAUUUCAUCAGGCUCCGAAAAUUUUUCAAAAAGAAUGCAAAGAAUGGCCUUCUCAGCUGCCAUAGUUGCAACACUUGCGUAACACAACAGGGUGUUCAAUGCACCACCGUUUCUGUUUAAAUAAACAUUUUGCUAUGUUUUGUCGGGGCUGAACGUGCCCCUGGACUGGGACAUAUCCUAAAGACCUCACCCACAAGAACAAAUAAAUCAAUCUGACUGGCUGAUGAAUCUGACAAUCUGACUUUAGACGCCUCUUCACUGCACUACUGAGGGAUUCUGUAGAAAUUCUGAAGGCUUAACGGGGUGGAGCUCUGUCACGUCUAGAUGUGUUUUUGUUCAUGUCUUUUAUUUUAAAGUUUAGUUCCUGUUCCUGUUAAGGUCAUGUGAUUUCAUGUUUCCCUCCAUUUUCAUGUGUUUAUUGUCUUGUUACCUUGUUAUCAGUUCUGUCCUGUCAUGUUUCUCCAUUGUCCACGUAUUUAAGCCUCAUGUUUGCCAUUGUCCACUGUCGGGUAUUGUGAAUGUACCUUUGCUGGAUUGUUCAUGUCAUGUCAAGUCAAGUUUAUGUUUUUGUAUUUUUUUCAUGUUGGGAGUUACGGUUUUUGGAUUUCACGACUGAUAAUAAACUGCACUUCAUCACAGAUCAUCGUCUUCAUCAUCUGCCUAUCAUUGCCAGCAUCAUUACAGAAUACCUGACCAACCAAAAUGAACCCAGCAAUCCAGCUUCUUCAUUUUCACCAGGGGAAUCGAUCCCUGGAAAAUUAUGUGGAGGACUUCUGCGCACUGGCCUGCCAGGUGGACUUUAAUGAAGUCGCCCUCAAGGACAUUUUCCGGGUGGGACUGAAUGAGCCAAUCUCUUCCCUGAUGCCUGGUGGUCACAGUCCCCUCAAUCUGGCUCAGUAUAUUGACCUUGCCCUGCAGAUAAGUUGUUCUAUGUUCACUGUGGGGGAGACGGAUGCUAAGCCAGAGUUCCACAUCAUGGCCGCCAAGCCCGAGUUCCACGUCAUGGCCACCAAGCCAGGGUCCCAUGUCAUGGUCGCCAAGCCAGGGUCCCACGUCAUGGUCGCCGAGCCAGGGUCCAAAGUCAUGGUCCCCGAGCCAGGGUCCCACAUCAUUGUCGCCGAGCCAGGGUCCCACGUCAUGGUCGCAGAGCUUGUGCCACCUUCUGCCCCGGAUCCUGAGUCUGCUCCAUGCCAUGUCACAGCCACGCCAGAGUCAGCUCCAUGCCAUGUCACAGCCACACCAGAGUCAGCUCCAUGCCAUGUCACGGCCACGCCUGAGUCUGCUCCAUGCCAUGUCACCACCACGCCUGAGUCUGCUCCAUGCCAUGUCACAGCCAUGCAAGAGUCUGCUCCAUGCCAUGUCACAGCCAGGCCUCAGCCUGUUCCAUGCCAUGUCACAGCCACACCAGAGUCUGCUCCAUGCCAUGUCACAGCCAUGCCUCGGCCUGUUCCAUGCCAUGUCACCGCCACGCCUGAGUCUGCUCCAUGCCAUGUCACAGCCACGCAAGAGUCUGCUCCAUGCCAUGUCACUGCAACGCCUCAGCCUGCUCCAUGCCAUGUCACAGCAAUGCCUCAGCCUGCUCCAUGUUAUGUCACAGCAACGCAUCAGCCUGCUCCAUGCCAUGUCACAGCAAUGCCUCAGCCUGCUCCAUGCCAUGUCACAGCCAUGCCUCGGCCUGUUCCAUGCCAUGUCACAGCCACACCAGAGUCAGCUCCAUGCCAUGUCAUAGCCACGCCAGAGUCAGCUCCAUGCCAUGUCACAGCCAAGCCAGAGUCAGCUCCAUGCCAUGUCACAGCCACGCCAGAGUCAGCUCCAUGCCAUGUCACAGCCACGCCUGGGUCUGCUCCAUGCCAUGACACCGCCACACCUGAGUCUGCUCCAUGCCAUGUCACUGCCACACCUGAGUCUGCUCCAUGCCAUGUCACAGCCACGCAAGCGUCUGCUCCAUGCCAUGUCACAGAACGCCUCAGCCUGCUCCAUGCCAUGUCACAGCAACGACUCAGCCUGCUCCAUGUUAUGUCACAGCAAUGCCUCAGCCUGCUCCAUGCCAUGUCACAGCAAUGCCUCAGCCUGCUCCAUGCCAUGUCACAGCAACGCCUCAGCCUGCUCCAUGUUAUGUCACAGCAACGCCUCAGCCUGCUCCAUGCCAUGUCACAGCAACGCCUCAACCUGCUCCAUGCCAUGUCACUGCCAUGCCUGAGUCUGCUCCAUUCCAUGUCAUAACCACGCAAGAGUCUGCUCCAUGCCAUGUUACAGCAAUGCAAGAGUCUGCUCCAUGCCAUGUCACAGCAACGCCUCAGCCUGCUCCAUGCCAUGUCACAGCAACGCCUCAGCCUGCUCCAUGUUAUGUCACAGCAACUCCUCAGCCUGCUCCAUGCCAUGUCACAGCAACGCCUCAGCCUGCUCCAUGCCAUGUCACAGCAACGCCUCAGCCUGCUCCAUGUUAUGUCACAGCAACGCCUCUGCUCCAUGGUCCAGGCCCGCCUCUGCUCCACGGUCCAGGCCCGCCUCUGCUCUACGAGCCAGCGCUCACACCUGCCACGGCCAACGAGUCAGCAUCCACGCCUACCAUAGCCAAGUCAGGAUACUGCCGUACCAUGUUACCACGUCAUGCCAUGUAGCCACGUCAAGUCGCCAUGCCCCCCUCCCUCCAGCUCCAUCUUGAACUCUGUGUUUUUGUUUUGGGGUGUCGGGAGCCGCCCCUAGAGGGGGGGAUAUGUCACGUCUAGAUGUGUUUUUGUUCAUGUCUUUUAUUUUAAAGUUUAUUUCCUGUUCCUGUUCAGAUCAUGUGAUGUCAUGGUUCCCUCCAUAUUCAUGUGUCUUGCUUUCAUUGGUUUAUUGCCUUGUUACCUUGUUAUCAGUUCUGUCUUGUCAUUGGUUAUCAUUGUCAUGUUUCUCCCUUGUCCAUGUAUUUAAGCCUCAUGUUUGCCAUUGUCCAUUGUCAGGUAUUGUGAAUGUAACUUUGUUGGAUUGUUCAUGUCAUGUCAAGUCAAGUCAAGUUCAUGUUUUUGUAAUUUUUUUCACAUUGGGAGUUACGGUUUUUGGAUUUCACGAUUGAUAAUAAACUGCACUUGGGUUCAUCACACAUCAUCGUCUUCAUCAUCUGCCUGUCAUUGCCAGCAUCGUUACGAGCUCAGAUUCACGCGCUGCUACAGAAGCGCUCUGCUUUGGGCAUGAGAUUUGUGACACAGUCAUCACGCUUCACUUGUAAGGAUCAAGGAAUAAAUUCUGAUUUGAUAAACUAUUCGUUGUUUGCUAUUAAUUUUUAUAUGAAUUAGGAGUGAAAAAUCUAUUGAAAAUAAAUGAGCAAAAAAGAUGAAUGAGAAUGAAUGGAUGAAAAAAUAUCUGUUUAUUAGAUGCAGAGAAGGCUUUGGUGGCCCUGAGAAUUAUUAGUCACACCUGCCCUGUCUUGUUAACCUGUUGAUUUCUCUGUUUAUUUUAGUCUCCUCAUGUGUGCUAUCCGGUGCAAGUUUGUCUUGUGUUACACAAUCAGUCUUGUGUCUCCAGUUGGUCUAGUUAGUCGGUAUUGCCUGUUUGUUGGUUCUGUUCUUCAUCCCAUCCCUGUCUGGUCCAGUUGGUCCUGGUUUCCCAUUUCCCUCUGCCCCAGCCCUGGAUUACUCGUUUUCCCCGACGGGGUUGUUUUUGUUUGUUUUUUUAUUUAUUUUUAUAUAUAAAUACAUUUUUUGAAUCUUUCUUGUGUCCUGAGCCUCAUCAUUCCCUACGAUCAUGGCAGAACGAACUGGCCAAGAUGGACCCAGCAGAGAUUUUUUUUUUAUGGUUCUCCUGCUCACCAGCAUGCAGAGCACGCCAAGAGGCUGCGC